UAAGUAAUGCCAUCCAUACCAACCGCUUCAUAUUUAGAACACUGUGCACAAUUAUUAUAGAGUUUAUGGUUUACCAAUGGAUUAUGGGAAGAGUUAGGAUCGCAUGUGGAUUUUUUAGCAGAAUAGCCAUGGCUCGUUUUAAAUUUGUUGAUAUCGGCAUAAAUUUGACGGAUCCUAUGUUUCGAGGAAUUUAUAGGGGGAACCAGAAACACCCAGAUGACUUCCAAAAAAUUAUUGAAAGAGCCAUUAAUACCGGAGUCCAAAAGUUCAUCAUCACAGGAGGGAACCUUGCUGACAGUAAAGAAGCGAUACAGUUGGCUGAAACGCGAGAUGAAUUUUACAGUACCGUGGGCUGUCAUCCAACACGCUGCAGUGAGUUUGAGCAGAACGGGCCAGACCAAUACUUCGCAUCUUUGAGAGAGUUGGCCUUGUCAAACAAAGGAAAGGUGGUGGCUAUAGGAGAGUGUGGUCUUGAUUUUGAUAGGCUGGAAUUUUGUCCAAAGGAGACGCAGCUUGUGUAUUUUGAGAAGCAGUUUGACUUAGCUGAAGAAACAGGGCUCCCAAUGUUCCUCCACUGCAGAAACUCGCAUACAGAGUUUCUAGACAUCAUGAAAAGGAACAGAGGCAGGUGUGUUGGAGGGGUGGUGCAUUCCUUUGAUGGGAGCAAAGAAGAUGCUGCAGCUCUUAUUGACUUGGACCUUUAUAUUGGCAUCAAUGGCUGCUCUUUGAAAACUGAAGCCAAUCUUGAGGCAAUGAAAUCAAUCCCCACUGAACGGCUGAUGAUUGAAACUGAUGCUCCUUGGUGUGGGGUGAAAGCCACACACGCAGGUUCAAAGUUCAUCAAGACUACAUUUCCCACAAAGAAGAAGUGGGAGGCUGGCCAUUGCCUGAAAGACCGGAAUGAGCCGUGCCACAUCAUUCAAGUGUUAGAGGUCAUGGCUGCAGCAAGAGAUGAGGACCCUUUGGAGAUGGCGAACACCAUUUUCAACAAUACGCUGAAAGUCUUCUUUUCGGGAAGCUGAUUUUGCUGGCUCCGUCUCACUCAAGGUUACAAAUGAUGUGAUUUGCCUUUUUACAGACUUUGAAAGCGCUUCCAAUCCUUGGACUCUAUAAUGUGCUGAACUUGUCAUCGCCACAAAUGUUUACAACAAUGGCACGUGGGCACCUGCAUGCCUUACAUUGUUUGAUCCAACACUGAUUGCAACUUUUUGAAGAUCUACAAACAUGAAAUCCACAUAACUGAUAUUUUACAGUGAAAUACAAGGGGCUCGCCAUUCCAUGUUCCAAGCCAACAGCUCCAAUUCAGCAAUGUUAGGCAGACAUUGUAUAUCAUUUGAAGCAUGUAAUUUGGACGCCAGCCGAUUGAAGCACAGACAAAUAAACCAGUAAAUGUGCAAACA